ACCCAUACGGUGAAAAUUGUGUUAUAACUUCUGUAGUCGUGAAAACGCUCUUUCUUAUGAGCAAGAAACUCGGUUUAGAGGGGCAGUUUCAGACAAAGUGACGUAAGCGACGAUCGAUAAUUGAUCAAACUGAUAAAUCGAUAAAUGACGUUUCCUAAAGCACCAGUGUGUUAUGCUAAAUUACGAUCUGUUUCCGACUACAAAGAGUUAUUUCGUGACAGUAAUUUGAUCCUGUGGGUUUAAAUUUGUCGACAUCAGGGUUGAAACGUCAAAAGCAUCCAUUCAUCUCUAAAUCACUCUGAGAAUGUGCUGAUCUUCAACGUACUACGCGUCACUGAAGAUUCAAGAGCUGCUUUAAACACCUCGAUGUGACAACUGUUCUUUAGUACAUGGUUACCGUUUUCACAAUUGACGGCGAUUUGGAUGGAAUCGAACGUGAACUGGCUUUGGAGUGUAUUCGUGCGUGCCCUGUUAAUUAUUUCUUUAUGGAACAUUUUACGAACAAGCGCUCAAGGUGGAUCACUGCAGCACAUAGGAAAGAUAAACUUCUAUCGUAUGGUUCCUGAAGGCUCUUCCGUCGAUCUCAGCUGUGAGCUCAAUAACCCCACAGUGGAUGUGAGACUGUGGCUGAUGUUACAGUCUGGGGCAACGUUUACACCGAGAAAAGGCGUGGUCAAAUAUGGGCAGUUAUUUACUCUUCAUAGAGUAAGCAACAAAAAGCAGGGCUCUUACGUAUGCAGGGCGAAAAGUCCCAGAUUUUACAAAUAUAUUGGAAGAAUUAUUGUGACACCAAGACUACAAAACCCUCCAAAACCAAACGUGACAGCAAGAUAUCAAGGAGUCGUUGUCCAUAGAGAUAAAAAUCUAACAUGUACUGCAAAAGGCAAGAACAUAUCUUCGGUUCAGUGGUACAAGAGUGCACGACCUCUGUCCAUGCAACAACAAGAAGUCAGGAGACAGUAUGACAUCGAAGAAGGGGAAAUAUGGUCCAACACUUUAUUGUUAAAGAAUGUCACAAAGAAACAGGUUGGCUGGUAUGAGUGCCGUGCGUUUUUAACUUCUCAGAAGUUCGGGUUUUGGUCAGCUCAUGUCAACUUGAAUGUUUUAGAAUGCCCGGAACCUGAUGGAAAGUUCGCUGAUCCGCAGAGCAUUACGGGAUAUCUUGUGUGCACGGGUGGGAAGAGCACUAGAAUGAGCUGCUCAAAGGGACUGGUGUGGAAGGACGUCAAGAAAAUGUGCGGCACUCCAGCGAAGGUUCUUAAGUGGGAAUCUUGGCCUCAUUCACUGCAGCAGAAAGACCGUACUGUUGGGGAAUCCGUAAAUAUAAGCUGUCAAAUGAACGAUCCUACAAUAAGAGUCAAGUUAAAACAAAAGCUUCCCUUUGGUAUGAUAAAGGAGCGAAUGGCGGAUGGCUGCAGAGUCAUUCGAGUUGGUCAGACGUUUGUUAUCCGCGCUGUGGAUUUUCAUGAUGCUGGUAUCUACCUCUGUGAAGCACCAUCUGCCUCUAUAAGUCGAAAGCAAGAAGUUUUCUUGAUGAUCAAACCAGCUCCGUCAUCUGCCAUUUUCACGGGGCACAGAAAUUUAUUUGCUUCCAAUGGGAGCUCUGUAGAUUUGAAUUGUGGCGCCGAACACAUCUUUCAGCCAAUGAUAUUCUUGGAGAUCAUUCGCACAGACGGUAUAACACAACUGAUCCCGGACGGGCACAGGAUUGUCCUGACGGCUCGAACUGUGACCAUACACGGAAUAGAACGGACCAUGAGAGGGAAGGUUGUCUGCAGGGUUAUUUCAUCCUGUAAUCAAGCACGAGAAGAUGUAGACUUGGGGUUUCUUCUUCCAAUUCCCCUGAGAGGAAAACCGCCUGUCCCAAAGUUAUCGCAGCAAAAUUCCGAGGUAGAAAAAGGCAACAACCUCACCAUUACAUGCUCGGUCUCUGGGGAAGAAUCACGUGACAUAGCGUGGUUCAAGAACAAAGUCCCUGUAGCAGAGGAGAACGUCUUGACAUUGGGUUUUCGUAGCCAGCUUAAGCUUUAUAAUGUCAGCAGUUCUGACGCUGGGGUUUAUGAAUGUAGGAUCAUGGACUUUGGCGUUGGAUAUUUUGUAAAAACAGCGACAAUCAAGGUCAAAGAUUCGGCAAAGGCAGUGCCGACAGCAUCGACAACAACCAUUUAUCCGUCGUCAGUUUCGUGGAUCACAAUAGUCCCAAAUCAGUUGGUAGAUAUCAACUGCUCCAUGUUUCAAGCCGACAUUGAGUUGAAAUUAUGGCACGAAACAACUCCAGGAUUUCUUAACCAAAGGAUACCUGACGGUGCCUCCGUGAUCCGCCAAAAUAACACGUUUAAGAUCAUGCAAGGACAGCAGAGCGAUGAAGGAAAAUAUUAUUGCCAGAAUGCCGACCAGAAAAUUCAAGUUGCCAUUUUAACUUUUUUAGAUGAAAAACCUCCAAAGAUAAUCAACUUCACGACACGGGCGUCUGUAAACGCUUCCCAAAAUGUGAGGCUGUUUUGUGAAACGGAAGGUAAACCUCCCCUUGCGUUCAAGUGGUUCAGGAAUGGGCGGCUAAUCGGAAGCUGUAAGGGAGAUCUGGAACGAAAGAGGACAUGCUUCCUUCACCGUCAACAAGGAAAAUACAAUGUUUUAUGGAGGGGAUCUGGUACAGAGCUGGUCAUCAAGAAAGCGUUUCAUCCUUUUGACACUGGAGUCUUCACUUGUGUCGCCAUGAACUCAGCUGGAACGGAUAACAAAACUGUCACGUUAGAUAUCCAUGAAAAGCCUGUUCUUAACAAGAAAAACUACACAGACCUCCUUGUGUUGUCUUUUGGGGACGCGACUACGAUCCAGACCACAGCGCUGCGCGGUCAUCCAGUACCUCACUUCAAGUGGUAUCAACAACCAAUCAGAAUCUGUAAUUCAGGAUGCAAACCAGAUGCCAAAAAAUGGCGACGAGUUCCACGUCAUGUGAUCGAUCCAUCAGAAAAAGUUCCUUCAAGAAUAAGCAGUUUGUUUCUUCCACCUGCGAAGUCUGGAUAUUUCUUCAGAUGUAUCGCCGAGAACUUCCUCGGGCAUGAUGACGCUGUUUUUUCCGUGCUCAGAGUUGACAAGGAAGCUGUUUUACCAAAAAUCGUCCCUUCAUCUUUCACUCUACAAGUAGAUGAGUUGAGCUCUUUUACGAUCUCAUGUAAAGCUGACUUGGGAGAUUUUGAGUACCUCGAAUGGAAAAAAAGAAAUUCAACUCAGAUGUUAUCCAACACAUUGAAAAGGAACAAACAUAACGUAUCCACGACAUUAUCUAUCAGGCAUGCGCAGUUGGGGGAUGCUGGGGAUUAUUUAUGUUACGGAUGGACUGCAAACGAGACAAAGAUUUCAGUCAUAGCAGUUUCUGUUGCAGAAUUAGUUCGUCCCGUUGUGUCGCUCUUAAAUCAAACUAUCCAAGAAGCAAACGUUAACAGCACAACGUUAAAAUGCAACAUUGCAUCAGGGUAUCCUGCACCAAAUGUCACUUGGUACAAAGAUGGCGCACAGUUGCGCCUGCUCUCCCUCGGGUCAGUGGAUGACUGUAGAAUAAAUGGAUUUCAUUAUAUCGAGAGUGACCGCCCGCCCUUCACGAGAGAGUUGCUGAUAUGCAAACCAAAUCACGUCGAAAACACUGGAAUUUAUAGGUGUGAGGCCGAGAAUACCAAAGGAAAAGAUACGAGUGAAGCAGUUUUGAAUGUAUUAGCGCAGCCAAAAAUUUCCAACAUGGUGGAUGACAACCUGACCAUGGAGUUGGGCGAAAAAGUAAAUGUCAGUUGUGAGGUAACAGGUAACCCCCCUCCCUCAGUUAAAUGGGUCAAGAGAACGUCAGAGGGUGACUAUGUACCUGUCGUGAAUAGGGGCAAAGAGAACCGCACCCUUCUGAUAAAAUCCUUGCGACAGCAGCACUAUGGGGACUACAUAUGCGUAGCUGAAAACAAGUUUGGACAUGAUUCGGUGGUUUUAUCUGUUGUUCAACCAGAACAAGUUGGCGCCAUUUCGAGCCUGGGACCUCACUCGAAGAUCCCCUUCAUAGCAGCCAUUGUCGUUGGCGCGACUCUGUUUUUGUUACUCUUGGUCAUCGCUGCCAUUCUGGUUCGCCGGCGUCAGAUUUAUGGAGGUUUCUACAUCUGCACCACUCCUCCCCUGCCAGACAUGAUACCGAGGCUGGAUUCCUCCAUUCCUCUUAUUGAACAAGUACAUAAGCUGCCACUGGACAAACGCUGGGAGUUCCCAAGAGAGCAUCUACGCUUCUGCAAAGUGCUCGGCUCUGGUGCUUUUGGCGAAGUGUACUUGGCCGAAGCAGAAGGGAACAUCAUAAGUGAUAGCGCGUCAGCGGUAAACUCGCACAAAAGACAUCGAUUGUCGACUUUAAAGGACUCACGAAGGGGUUCCUCUAUAUCUCAUGGGCCUGUUAAGGUGGCAGUCAAAACAUUGAAAGAGGGGGCAGAGGAAUCAGAGCACAAAGACCUCAUCUCCGAGCUAAAGAUAUUGAUUCACAUCGGAUCUCACAAGAAUAUUGUCAACUUGUUGGCAGCUUGCACAAAGGGUCGUUACAGUGAUUUUUGUGUGAUCAUCGAGUACUGUCCAUAUGGGAACAUGUUAAUAUUUCUGAGAAACAGUCGAGGAAUUUAUGACCCAACAUGGUUGCCACCCACCGAAGAUCCUGACAAACAGAUCAGCUUGACAGAACUAGUGAGUGCAGCUUUUCAAGUCGCUAGAGCCAUGGAAUUUCUUGUGUCUAGAAAGUGUGUCCACAGAGAUUUAGCAGCCAGGAAUGUUCUCAUUGGGGAAAAUUAUGUGGUGAAAGUUGCAGACUUUGGGCUAGCCCGAGAUGUGUAUAAAGAUGACAAGUACAUCAAAGUCUCGCCGGGCCUUGUUCCGGUGAAAUGGAUGGCAAUUGAAUCCCUAGUUGAUAGAGUUUACUCCGAGCAGAGUGACGUAUGGUCCUUUGGAAUUUUUCUCUGGGAGCUGUUUACUCUUGGAGGAAAUCCCUAUCCUUCGAUACCGCCGACAGAAAUUUAUCAAUAUAUCAAGGACGGAAAUCGUAUGGAAAGACCCUUGGAAUGUCCAGAAGAAAUGUAUGCCAUGAUGACAGACUGUUGGAUGGAGAAACCCGAAGACCGACCGAACUUUACCGCGCUUGUGCAGAGGCUGGAUCACGUGAUGGAAUCUAAUUCUGCUGCCAUGGGCCGUGAGGGAUAUCUAGAGCUUGAGGACGAGCCUAUGUCGCCAAAUGAAGAAAUAGAUGAUGAUGGUUAUUUGAAGCCAACAGAGAUAUCUCCCCUUGGUUACAAGUCAGCGCUUCUGAACGGAAACGUUAAUAAUGACAGAGACAAAGACUUGUCAGGGGAAAACAAGAAUUGGACGAGCGAGCUAAAAUCCAAGGAUUUACACUGCGAACGUUACAUAGGUCUGGGCUUCAAGCCUACAAACAGUUCAAAUGACAUAGCAGAAACUGUGCUUUAGGAGAGUGGUUGUAACCGAAGAACUCAGCUGCUGUAGGAUCGCUGUGAUCAUGCCCUUUCCUUAGCUUUUCCCUGAUUGUCUCAUACAGAAGAAAGGUUUUCCUUUUUACUUCUUGCAAUAAUAGAAGACGGAAUCAAGCCCAUUCGCAGGAAAACAGCCAUGAGACUAAUUUUUUUCAAGACGGCGGUAUCCGGUUACAAAUGAUUAAACCCUAAACUUACUCAGAUCGUAUUCGUAACUCCCACUCUGAUCUUGUUUACAUUUUCUUGUGGAUCAGUUGAGAGAAUUUGACUUUAUAUCACGAUAACACCCUCUACUUGAUGAGCUUGUCCACUCAUAACCUAGUUGUGGGAUUAUGUCUUGAAACUGUGAAGAGAAGCAUAUGUUGAUCACUUCAUAGAAAUAAAAGGUCAAUAACAUCGGAAA